GACAUCACACAAAAGGGAUACGAAAAGAAGAGGUCGAAGUUGAUUGGAGCCUACCUCCCCCAGCCUCCGACAGCGAACGGAGCUGCCGUGGUUCGGUGUAGACUGCAGCACAGUGAAGGAGCCACGAGGAGAACGUUCCGCUCUGCCCACAUCGGGGUGUGCGACGUCCGAGAAGCCGCGGCCCGGGAGCGGGCGGCCAGCGCCACGGGGAACCGGCCUCUGUUUUACUUUCGUUUCGGGGUGGACCAAGCUUUGCCUCAAGAGCGCCGGGCGCCCGUUACGCCUUCCUCUUCCUCUCGCUACCACCGCCGGCGGUCCUCAGGCUCCCGAGAUGAGCGCUACCGGUCAGACGUCCACACGGAAGCCGUCCAGGCCGCCCUUGCCAAACACAAGGAGAGGAAGAUGGCGGUGCCCAUGCCGUCCAAACGCAGGUCGCUGGUCGUGCAGACCUCGAUGGACGCCUACACUCCUCCAGACACCUCCUCGGGCUCGGAAGACGACGGCUCGGUGCAGGGCGACUCCCAGGGGACCCCGACCUCCAGCCAGGGCAGCAUCAACAUGGAGCACUGGAUCAGCCAGGCCAUGCACGGCUCCACCACCUCCACCACCUCCUCCUCCUCCACGCAGAGCGGGGGCAGCGGGGCCGCCCACCGGCUGGCGGACGUCCUGGCCCAGACCCACAUUGAAAACCACUCUGCACCUCCCGACGUGACCACGUACACCUCGGAGCACGCCGUGCAGGUGGAGCGGCCGCAGGGCUCCACGGCCUCCCGGACGGCGCCCAAGUACGGCAACGCCGAGCUCAUGGAGACGGGGGAUGGGGUGCCCGUGAGCAGCCGGGUCUCCGCAAAGAUUCAGCAGCUCGUCAAUACCCUCAAGCGGCCCAAACGGCCCCCGCUGCGGGAAUUCUUCGUCGACGACUUCGAGGAGUUGUUAGAAGUUCAACAACCAGAUCCAAACCAACCAAAGCCGGAAGGGGCCCAGAUGCUGGCCAUGCGCGGGGAGCAGCUGGGCGUGGUCACGAACUGGCCGCCGUCGUUGGAAGCCGCGCUGCAGCGGUGGGGCACCAUCUCCCCGAAGGCCCCCUGCCUGACCACCAUGGACACGAACGGGAAGCCCCUGUACAUCCUCACUUACGGCAAACUGUGGACGAGAAGCAUGAAGGUAGCUUACAAUAUUCUGCACAAAUUAGGUACAAAGCAAGAACCUAUGGUACGGCCUGGAGACAGGGUGGCACUGGUGUUCCCGAACAACGACCCUGCGGCCUUCAUGGUAGCGUUCUACGGCUGCCUGCUGGCGGAAGUCGUGCCCGUGCCCAUCGAAGUGCCGCUCACGAGAAAGGAUGCAGGGAGCCAGCAGAUCGGGUUCCUGCUGGGAAGCUGCGGAGUCACCGUGGCCUUGACCAGCGACGCCUGCCACAAAGGGCUGCCGAAGAGCCCGACGGGGGAGAUCCCGCAGUUCAAAGGUUGGCCGAAGCUGCUGUGGUUCGUCACGGAGUCGAAGCACCUCUCCAAGCCGCCGCGAGACUGGUUCCCGCACAUCAAAGACGCCAACAACGACACCGCCUACAUCGAGUAUAAGACGUGCAAGGACGGGAGCGUGCUCGGCGUGACGGUGACCAGGAUCGCGCUGCUGACGCACUGCCAGGCCCUGACGCAGGCCUGCGGCUACACGGAAGCGGAGACCAUCGUGAACGUGCUGGAUUUCAAGAAGGACGUCGGGCUCUGGCACGGGAUUCUGACGAGCGUGAUGAACAUGAUGCACGUGAUCAGCAUCCCAUACUCGCUGAUGAAGGUGAACCCGCUCUCCUGGAUCCAGAAGGUCUGCCAGUACAAAGCAAAAGUGGCCUGUGUGAAAUCCAGGGACAUGCACUGGGCGUUGGUGGCGCACAGAGACCAGAGAGACGUCAACCUCUCCUCUCUGCGGAUGCUCAUCGUGGCCGACGGAGCCAAUCCCUGGUCCAUUUCUUCUUGUGACGCGUUUCUCAACGUCUUCCAAAGCAAAGGCCUUCGACAGGAGGUCAUCUGUCCUUGCGCCAGCUCGCCAGAGGCCCUCACCGUGGCCAUCCGGAGGCCCACAGACGACAGCAACCAGCCGCCCGGCCGGGGCGUGCUCUCCAUGCACGGGCUGACCUACGGCGUCAUCCGCGUGGACUCGGAGGAGAAGCUGUCUGUGCUGACGGUGCAGGACGUCGGCCUGGUGAUGCCUGGAGCCAUCAUGUGUUCGGUGAAGCCGGACGGGAUUCCGCAGCUGUGCAGGACGGACGAGAUCGGGGAGCUCUGCGUGUGCGCGGUGGCGACGGGCACCUCCUACUACGGCCUCUCCGGCAUGACCAAGAACACCUUCGAGGUGUUCCCCAUGACGAGCUCGGGGGCGCCCAUCAGCGAGUACCCCUUCAUCAGGACAGGCCUGCUGGGCUUCGUCGGUCCCGGGGGGCUCGUCUUCGUGGUGGGCAAGAUGGACGGCCUCAUGGUGGUCAGCGGCCGCAGGCACAACGCCGAUGACAUCGUGGCGACGGCGCUGGCCGUGGAGCCCAUGAAGUUCGUCUACAGAGGAAGGAUAGCCGUGUUCUCGGUGACGGUCCUCCACGACGACAGGAUCGUGAUCGUGGCGGAGCAGAGGCCGGACUCCACGGAGGAGGACAGCUUCCAGUGGAUGAGCCGGGUGCUCCAGGCCAUCGACAGCAUCCACCAGGUCGGGGUGUACUGCCUGGCGCUGGUGCCGGCCAACACGCUCCCCAAGACCCCGCUCGGCGGGAUCCACCUGUCGGAGACAAAGCAGCUGUUCCUGGAGGGCGCCCUGCACCCCUGCAACGUGCUGCUGUGCCCCCACACCUGCGUCACCAACCUGCCCAAGCCGCGGCAGAAGCAGCCAGAAAUCGGCCCCGCCUCUGUGAUGGUGGGGAACCUGGUCUCCGGGAAGAGGAUCGCCCAGGCCAGCGGGCGAGACCUGGGCCAGAUCGAGGACAACGACCAGGCCCGCAAGUUCCUGUUCCUCUCGGAGGUCCUGCAGUGGAGGGCGCAGACCACCCCGGACCACGUGCUCUACACGCUGCUCAACUGUCGGGGCACGAUAGCGAACUCGCUGACCUGCGUGCAGCUCCACAAGCGGGCGGAGAAGAUAGCCGUGAUGCUGGCAGAGCGGGGCCACCUGCAGGAUGGGGACCACGUCGCCCUGGUCUACCCGCCGGGGAUAGACCUCAUCGCCGCCUUCUACGGCUGCCUGUACGCCGGCUGCGUGCCCAUAACCGUCCGUCCUCCGCACCCGCAGAACAUCGCGACAACGCUGCCCACUGUCAAGAUGAUCGUGGAGGUGAGUCGCUCCGCCUGUCUGAUGACCACACAGCUGAUCUGUAAAUUGCUGCGUUCUCGGGAGGCGGCGGCAGCCGUGGACGUCAGGACGUGGCCCCUCAUACUGGACACAGAUGAUUUGCCAAAGAAGCGGCCCGCACAGAUCUGCAAACCCUCCAACCCCGACACCCUGGCGUAUCUCGACUUCAGCGUGUCCACGACCGGGAUGCUAGCCGGCGUAAAGAUGUCUCACGCAGCCACCAGUGCCUUCUGCCGAUCCAUUAAGCUGCAGUGUGAACUUUACCCCUCUAGAGAAGUGGCCAUCUGUCUGGACCCCUACUGUGGACUCGGAUUUGUCCUCUGGUGCCUCUGCAGCGUGUACUCGGGGCACCAGUCCAUUCUGAUCCCGCCCUCAGAGCUGGAAACCAACCCCGCCUUGUGGCUUCUCGCCGUGAGUCAGUACAAGGUCCGGGACACGUUCUGCUCCUACUCGGUGAUGGAACUCUGCACCAAGGGGCUGGGCUCGCAGACGGAGUCGCUCAAGGCACGAGGACUGGACUUGUCCCGAGUGAGAACCUGCGUGGUGGUGGCGGAGGAACGGCCUCGGAUCGCGCUCACUCAGUCGUUCUCGAAGCUGUUCAAAGACCUGGGCCUCCACCCGCGGGCCGUCAGCACCUCGUUUGGCUGCAGAGUGAACCUGGCCAUCUGCUUGCAGGGGACCUCGGGACCUGACCCGACCACCGUCUAUGUGGACAUGAGAGCGCUGAGGCACGACAGAGUACGUUUGGUAGAAAGAGGAUCUCCACAUAGCUUGCCCCUGAUGGAAUCAGGAAAAAUACUUCCAGGGGUCCGGAUCAUAAUUGCCAACCCAGAAACGAAAGGCCCAUUGGGAGACUCACACCUGGGAGAGAUCUGGGUUCACAGUGCCCACAACGCCAGUGGUUAUUUUACCAUCUACGGAGACGAGUCCCUGCAGUCGGAUCACUUCAACUCAAGGUUAAGUUUUGGAGACACUCAGACUAUCUGGGCACGAACGGGCUAUUUGGGGUUCCUGCGGAGAACGGAGCUCACAGAUGCGAACGGAGAGCGCCACGACGCCCUCUACGUGGUGGGGGCGCUGGACGAGGCCAUGGAGCUGCGGGGCAUGAGGUACCACCCCAUCGAUAUCGAGACCUCGGUGAUCAGAGCCCACAAAAGCGUCACGGAGUGCGCCGUGUUCACCUGGACAAACCUGCUGGUGGUCGUGGUGGAGCUGGAUGGGUCGGAGCAGGAGGCCUUGGACCUGGUGCCCCUGGUGACCAACGUGGUCCUGGAGGAGCACUACCUGAUCGUGGGCGUGGUGGUCGUGGUGGACAUCGGCGUCAUCCCCAUCAACUCCCGCGGGGAGAAGCAGCGCAUGCACCUCCGCGACGGGUUUCUGGCCGACCAGCUGGACCCCAUCUACGUGGCCUACAACAUGUAGCCGCGUCCCUCCGGCUUCUGUGGACUCUCGCAGAGACGGACGCGUUUUCCCGGUGUCCGCCGAAACGCGCAGACACGGGCGACAUUCGCCGGAGCGGAGCCCCGUGCGGUGUGAGGGGAAGAGGAGGACUUCUCGCAGCGGUCGCCGUCGGCGCGGAGACGAAAUGUGAAUUUGCCACUGAAUUUCGCUCAGAAGGACUUUGGAUUCCUGCCUUCAGUCUGUCGGAAAAGCCCAUUUCAAAAACUUUCGUUUCGUUUCUUUUCUUUUUUAAUUAUUGGAUAAUAAGUGCUUUCUUCGUAAA